UCCGGUUGCUGCUAAAGAGACCGCUCUGCAUUACAGUAGCUCUUUCUGGUAAACAGUCGGAGAGAGUUUCAGGCUUUAGACUGGAGGAGGUUUAACCGGGUUACAAAUGGCUAAAAGUGAUGGCAGCUCGUAUUUCAGGAGGUGCAGCCUCUUCUGGAUAGUGACUGUAACUCUGUCCAUGGGUUACUACACAUGGGCCGUGUUUUGGCCAGAGCAACUCCCUUAUGACACUUUGGGUCCACUCGGUGCUCUCUCAGAGUAUCUGGUCAAAGAAUAUCACAGUGUCAUGUACAAGGGAUGGUGGCUUGCUUGGGCAGUCCAUCUGUGUGAAGCUCUGGUGGCACUGAAAGUAUGCAGUGAUAAAGGCAUCGACAGUCCAUCAACUCGGCUCCUGUGGUUUGUUCAGACUUUUUUGUUUGGCUUUGCGUCUCUGGGUUUGCUCCUCAAAUACAAGGCAGGCGGCCGAGCCAAACGUCACUGAGCAGCUGCAGACAUGCACUGCUCUGAAAUGGAACACUAUUUUCCAAUGGAUAAAUCAGGAUUAGAGCCUUUUAAUCAAAUACAAAUAUGCGGACCAUAUUUCCAAAAACAAUCAUGAUGUAGAGCUUACACAGCUCCGUGAAACAGACUUGAUAUGACAGGGAGAGUUCUGGACAGUAACACAACCUCUUACAGCAACACUCCUUACAAGAAUAUUUUUAUAAAAUGGAAGACUUAAAUAAUAACCACCAUAAGCUAGGAUUAUUAGCUUUACUGUAGAUGCUGUUCCAAGUUGGAGACCCAGUUUCAGAGCAAUGAAAAUAUGUGCCUUCCACUCAUACCCAGUUUUCAGGGUCUAAUAAUUUCUUGAUAGGUUCCUGUGCAUGUCAUUGUCCAUAACAGCAUCUUGAGUCAUCUGGUUAAAACUGUUUUAAGAUUUGAAUUUAAGGCCCUGUUGUUCCCUACACCGACUGUGACUUGGAGUUUAAGCUCUCAUUGGGUGGGAGUUUCAUCAUUUUAGUUUGGCAGUUAGCAAUUUCACAGAGACAUGAUUCACAGACUAUAAACUAUGCCUUCACCCACACAGAUUAUUGGUGCUGUCACAGAUUAGAAAACGGGCCACCUGAAUGGAAAAUGGGUAUGUCAAACAUUGGGAUAAAAUUGGCAAACAUGAGUAGGAAGUUGUUUUAAAAUUGUAUUGAGCACAAUUGCUUUGGAAUAUAGAGAAGAAGUUGCUUCAGAUGCCUUUGUGUUAUCAGCCAAGCUUGAACACAAUGUCAGUCAGCCAUAUUGACAUGAAAAAGAUUCUGGCUCUCAUCUGAUUUUAUAUCAUUUUACCCUUGAUCAGGUCCUCACUGAAAAAAAGUUUUAUAUUAAUAAUAAGACCUGUGGCAAAUUAGAGUGACAAAUACUACUCAGUUUAGUAUUUAAGUAAUAUUUGUUAAAGUAAGUUGUUGAGCAGCCCUUAUGAUAGGAACUCCUGUUUGUGAUUACUCUGUGAUGUAGGUCAGCUUCUUCCAAGAAGUCCAAUAUUAAACUGGCUGAGGCUGGUCUUAACCGGACUGUUUUCCAAUAUGCCCUCAAUUACUCAUAGAACUUGGGAGUGAAUACUUUUGCAUACCAGAUGGCUGCUUGUUUAAACACUAUACCAAACAAAAGAAACCUAAGCAAACUAUUUGGUGCAUUUUCAGGUUAGAUUUCCUGCAGAACCUGAGUCAUGUAGUCCAUCUAUAUCACAGCAGGGCACGAGUCUGACAUCCUCUAUUAAUCACAGCACAGUGGCUGGAGUGAAACAUCAGGUUACAGGUUUUACUGAUGCGUGAUGCACAGCAUUCCAUAUACUGAAGAAGAAUUUAAAUUAUUUAAUAGGUUUAUAUGAAUAAGGAAUUAAUUAAAUGAGAUUUCUUAAAUUUAUUAUAGGUUAUAUGCAGUGGUUUUUUAAUUAUAUUAACUGUUCUAGUUAUUACUCAGAUGGUGUGAUGAGGUUUAUCAUAGUGUUUUUAAAUUAUUUUUUUUUUUUUCUAAAUAAAACAGUGAUUUAACCAGUA